AUGGAUUUUUCCAUCAUGGUGAACCAACAAAUAAUGUUAACAGCAAUUCUGGUGAGCCGUUUACAUUGUUUUCGGCUCCAAUGGCUGAGGAGAACAUUACAUUUCGGAAGUAGUGGACUAUCUAUACGAGGCGAUAGUGAUCUUGAAACUGUUCUGAAAGGUUUACGAAAAGCUAUUAUUGAAGGUUAUCAUGUUAAUUUGGUCCAUCUUCUUCUUCCUCGAGACAACAAAAAAUAUAGUCGUAAUGAUAAAAAUCUUACUAUUCUUGAAUAUAUAUUAGCUUUUACACGUUAUUUAAAUAUCAUCUGUGAAGCUUUUCCUCAACGACGUCGUGAACUAACAGCUUAUUUAUGUGAUGUAAUACGUUUAUCUUCUCGAUUCUGUCAUCCCUUUUUCUAUCAUCACCACCGUUUAUUUGCUCAAAAAGCUGAAACUCUAUUGCAAACACGCAACAUUCUGAUCGAUUGGUUCAAAAGAGAUCAUGAUAUUUAUCUUAAUGUCUUCUCUGGAUACGACCAAUUGUUUGUGAUUUAUGUCGAAGUCCAGAACACUAUAUCUUUUUGUAAAAAAAUACUCAAUCGGAAUGAUUUAAUUGAAAAAAUGUUAUCGGAAAAUCACGAUCGUUUUACAUCUACAACAUCAUCGAAAGUUUCUUUUCUUCAAGGUUUAGAUAAUGAUGAUAUUAAGCAAGGUUUGGGCCCUAUUUGUAAAUUUUAUCAUGCAGCCGGUUUCGAAAAAUGUAUUCAACCGAAUUGUCGUUUUCUUCAUUUAUGUUCUCAUUGUCGAGGUACAAACCCCAAAAAACUGGUGUAA